CAUUUUGGACAGUCAACCUGUGCCUUCUUCUCGCACGUGCACACAAACACCCCUUGUACAUACAUUUUUGCUUCGUCCGAACCCUAACCAGACACAAACAAUACUUAGGGAGGCUAGCUAAAUUACAUAAAAUCAGACCACAUUAGCCGGUCCUUCAAACGGAAGACUUUUCUCCCCAUACUGUAGGCAAACGGUGUGUGAUUUGAUUGACGAAACCAACUUCCCAACAAAAAGUUUUCCUUAGCGAAACAGCGGAACGGCGAUUACCCAACUGUAAACAAACCCGAUGUAUAAAGUGCAAGACGACGUAUAAAAUAGUUGGGCAAUUAAAACUAUCCUGCCCAAGAAAGUUACGCAUUCAGUGGCACUGCGGUAUGAUUGAUUGAGUUUUUUUUUGUGGUGCGAUAUUGAUUUGUGAUUCUGUGGUACUGUACCCACCACCGAACCGGAUGCCCAGGUAUGGAGGAUAUUACUUCUGCAACGUGAGAUGAACCAGUGCCACGGGCAUCAUCGUUCGUGAAUCGGUUUUUGGAAAGAGAAAUUCGGUCACCGAUCGGUAUAAUCAAGACCGGAAUCGAGCCGGAGAUUCGAUGCACUGUGGUACGAAGACGCGAUCUCCACUGGUGGCCCCCUUUUCUCCGUAAAUGGACACAUGGCGUUCUGUAAUCGCACGCUCGCUAUUAAGGCAGCGUUGGGUGCAGGAUUUUUGCUUAUCCUCCUAAACCUCCUUAACUCCAAGUUGGACAGUGGCAGCAGCGGUAGCUCCAAUCGAUACACACAUCAAAAGCUUGGUGCAACCCAAUGGCCAAAGCGAACGCAUGGCAGCAUAGAAUCACACUCGUCCACGGCAGCUAAUGAUAGGAAGGAUACAAACACGAAUGAACAGCAUCACACCAACGAUGGCCAACCGCUAAACAACGAGUCCAACGCUGCAUUAAAACGCAUCGAUGAAUACACCUCUGGCGCACCGAAACAUCAUCCGGUCGAUGGACGAAAUCAAACGGCAGACUUGGAUGCACAGCACAAUAAUAGUGAAAUUAAAAAUGUGAUACAAAACCUUGCGAAAGAACCAACCAAACAAACAGCAGCACCAGCAGCAGCUACAGUAUCUGAACAGUACGAACUGAACGGUGAUAAGACGCAUAGUAACGUUUCUUCGAUUGUAACUCCUAGCUCUAGUUCUGGCAGCUCAAAUAGUCAUUUUAGCAGUAGCAAUAGCAUAGAUAAUGUAGGCAAUAACUCCGGGUUCAAUAACGUAAAGUCUGAAAAGGAAAACAUAGCCAGCAACAAAUCCACACACGAAGCAGUUAACAAUGUGCAGAUGAAUUCCUCAGCCGUACCGGCACUAAAACCAAGCGAGUACGAUGAUACGAUCGGUGCUGGUGAGAUAAACCGCAAGGAUGGUCCCGGCAGUUUCGAUGAGCUGUCGGAUAAGUUUACCAUCAACAGCUGUCCGCCAAUUCCUCCAAAUCUUGACGGACCAAUCGAUGUGGAUGUAGCGUUUGAACCACUGAGCGCAGUAGAAAAACGGUUCGCUUCCAAAUUGCAGCCUGGCGGCCAAUACGUACCACCCGACUGUACGGCACGGAACCGUGUCGCCAUCAUCGUACCGUACCGUGAUCGUGAGCAACAUUUACCAAUCUUCCUCAAGAACAUACAUGCGCUGCUGAUGAAGCAACAGCUUGAGUAUGGCAUUUACAUAGUGGAACAGACGGCGGGAUCUUCGUUUAAUCGUGCUGCGCUCAUGAACAUUGGGUUCGUCGAAGCGAUGAAGCAGAAGAACUGGGAAUGUAUGGUGUUUCACGAUAUCGAUUUACUUCCAAUGGAUGAUCGUAAUCUUUAUACGUGCCCGGACCAACCGCGCCACAUGUCGGUUGCUGUCGAUACCUUCGGUUUCAAGCUACCGUACAGUACCAUCUUUGGUGGUGUUUCUGCCAUGACCGAGAAACAGUUUCGCAUGGUGAACGGAUUUUCCAACUCGUUCUGGGGAUGGGGUGGUGAAGAUGACGACAUGUCCAACAGGUUAAAACACGUAGGAUUUCAUAUCGCUCGCUACCCGGUCAACAUAGCACGGUAUACGAUGCUAAACCACAAAAAAGAAAAAGCCAACCCGAAACGAUAUGAAAAGCUGGUAAAUGGAGCAAAACGCUUCGAUAGUGAUGGACUUAAUUCGUUACAUUAUCAGCUGGUAAAUUUAAUACGUAAACCUUUGUACACCUGGAUUCAUGCAGAUAUUACACCUGACGGUAGCUGAUGAUUGUCAUUUCUAGCGGAUUGGCUAGGAUAAUUUAAAACGGGAAAACAAACACACACCCAAUACACCGUGGAAGCAGGAAUGUAGAUAUCAUCUGUGUGCGUGUGAAUGUAUGAAAUAGUGAGUAAACGUUUGUGUUCACAUGCAAAAUUUUCAUCUUAAAUUUUAGUUUAGCAAAAAAAAACGGGACUGGGGAAGUAAGAUAAAGGUAAACCUAUUUCCAUCCAUUCAUUCAUGGAACAAACGAUUUAGCAUCACAACAUUUAGCACAAUUUUUAAAACGCGCAACACACUGUACUCCAAUAUCCCAAAAAAACAAAAACAAACAUCCGCGUCAUCCUGUUUCCUUCUUUGGGAAAGUGAUACAACUUUUACUGCAGUAAUAAGUCAAUCGAUUCAUAAUUCGUAUUAUUUAUAAAAAAAAGUAAGAAUAACUUUAAGUAGCAUUUAAACUGUUGUGUUUUUUGGGCUGAUACUCUCGUGAUCGUGAUUAUGUGUGCUGGCGAUACUUAGAGGUUGGCAUUACCACGUGCCCCCCCAAAAAAGGCAACGCGUGUUCUUAAAAGCAGAAGAAGAGAAGAAAAAAUACGCUCCAAACGUGUGCGCAGAGUAAAACGUUUAGGUAGUUUAGAGGCAGCAAAGUUUUUGGGUAGCAAUUUGUUAAAUAUCGCGUUUGUGUUUUUGAGAAAGCUUUAAUUUUCCGACUGUUCUGCAAUUGUUCGAGUUUACCGUGUCCAUCGUAGAGGUAAAGAAGAGGAACGGUUUUUAUAUUAUGUGCAAAAAAAUGAAUCUCUUGUCUGUGUUAUUUAGUGUAUAAUUAGAGCACAAGUGCUGCAAAACUCCAUACGCGGGAAACGUAAACUAUUUGUAACGCUAGUUAGUUUGUUAUGGAACUUUAAUAACAAAAGCAAAAGUGAAAAAAAUGGCACUCAAAAUCUUAAAUUGUUUCAGGUACAUAAUUAAAACAAAAAAAAAACAUUAUUUCUUUAACCAAUCAACGUGAGGCCACAAAAUCUUAGUAUUGGAAGCGGUUUUUGUAAAACAAAACAAAAAACAAUGCGCAGAAGUCGAAUAACAAUAAAACAAUGGAGCUUUACUUACGAACGUAUAUGCACAAAUGUCACGAUUUAAGCAAUUAAUUCGUUAUAAUCAAAAGUUAAGCCGCACACAAACAUGGGCACAAAUGUUUCUUACGUUCCGUCCGGGCAAGAAGAACAUUAAUAACUCAACUGCGUAACAAAAUUAGAUAAAAUGAAAAACUGUAAGUUGAACACACAGAAACGGGAACUUAAAAGCUAGUAAAAAAUUAGAACAAACGUUGUGGCAAAAUAUCGUAAUUAAUAUUUAAUACACAAAAACAACGUUAUCAAACAAAAGUUAUAUUGGUGCUGCUUCUUAUAAUACACUCACACUAGGUUCUUAGUCGACGACGCAAGUGCAUGUGGGGGUGAACCUUUCCUGCACCUGCAACUUUAUAUAGUUUGAUAAAUUAGUGCGAAAACACAGGCGAGAUGCUUUCAAUCAUCGUAAAAAAAAAGUAUUAUUGAUAGAGGAAUUUUCAAACAGCUCGGGUAUUUAGUCACGGUCACGGCCCGCACGUACUAACCCAUUUAUCUACCUUUUCGAAUAUAAAUAUAUUCCUAAUUAAACUUCAUGCCAACCGCUAAUUGAAAUAGAAAAGCAAACAAACCUAGCUCUGGAGGAUCAAAUGUACAACGACAAAAUGAUGUGUUGGGGGUUCAAGAAAAAUGUGUUGUGGAAACGGGUGGUUUUAUUACGGUGGUUAUUAUAAAUCCAGUUCACCUGUUAGGUAGUAUUAUUGCAAAUUAUUGUACUGGCUGUUAAUUCCAUUUAUUAUUAAAGAGAGCCUCGGUGCUCUCGGUGAAGACACAAUAUCCACAACAGGCUAGUAAGAGCCUCUCCUUCAAAAGUAAUCCACCAUCAAGUAUCUGGACAUGAUAAUCCACAAUUAUUCUUAAUAUUAUGCGAACAAACUGUAAUGUAGGGAACUAGCGCAUGUUUGAUGCUCCUCUCAUUUGCGUGAAGAUACUCUGAACUCGAAUUCAAACAAUAAACAGUAGGAACAAAUAACAAAACAUUUA